UUGACGAAAAAAAAUUCAUACACAAAAAAAACGAGCCCGUCUCUGUUUUCUCCGCACUUCGCGCAUAUCCCAGAUUCCGGCUACAGAGGAUCUCGUCUUCUUCUUGUUCUGUCUCCAUGAACUGUGUGGUGGCAGAGGACGAACUGUCCUCUCCUUAUAUUGUUCUCUUCAAAUCGCUGUCUCUCAUCCCCAUCUCUCACUAUCUCAUCUGGGUUCUCCUCAUAAUCCUCGUUUUCUUCUACAAUUUCCUCGAGUUUCAUCUUCUCCAUGAUUUACUCGUCAAUGGCCUCAGAGGCGAUCCUGUGACUCUCACCUACAAUGGGGGCUCCGAGUUCUGCCAAUUCGUGGUAUCCAAGUGCGGUCUUCUUCGCGGGCGGUACUCACCUACGCCAUGGCUUUCAGGCCCUCAUCUUCAAACAGUUUUUCUUAGCAUUUUUGGGAACGCUCCUCGGUUCUGCUACAAGCGACACCUCUUUAAGACAACAGAUGGUGGCACAAUCGCGUUGGAUUGGUUGAUGCAUUCUGAUGUUAUGCAAGGUACUUCUCAUGUCAGUGCUAGUAGUCAAGGAAAUGAUAGGACUCCAAUUGCUAUAGUGGUUCCAGGGUUGACAAGUGAUUCUACCGCUGCUUAUAUUAAGCAUUUGGCCUUUAGGCUGGCAAGGGAAGGAUGGAACGUCGUCGUGAGCAACCACCGUGGACUGGGAGGCAUAUCGAUUACUUCUGAUUUCUUCUACAAUGCUGGGUGGACGGAAGAUAUUCGCAGAGCAAUUGAUCACAUCCAUUCUCAGUUCCCGGAGGCACCUUUGUUUGCUGUUGGAACAAGCAUCGGAGCCAAUGUUUUGGUGAAAUAUCUUGGUGAAGAUGGACCUACAACACCACUGGUUGGAGCUACAGCUGUGUGCUCUCCCUGGGAUCUUCUGAUAUGUGACCGAUUUAUCAACCGCAGACCCGUGCAAAAGUUUUACGACAGAGUGCUUACGAUUGGUCUACAAGGUUACGCACAAUUGCACCAGACCGUUAUUUCACGUCUGGCAGAUUGGGAAGGGAUAAAGAAGUCAAUGUCAGUUCGAGAAUUCGACAACUAUGCCACCAGACUCGUGGGGAAGUUCGAGACUGUGGAUACGUAUUAUAGACGUUCGAGCAGUGCACAAUUCGUCGGAAAUGUUGCAGUUCCUCUCCUCUGUAUUAGUGCUUUAGAUGAUCCGGUUUGUACAAGCGAAGCUAUUCCAUGGGACGAAUGUAGGGCUAACGAAAACAUCGUUCUGGCUACCACAAAGCAUGGAGGUCAUCUUGGUUACUACGAAGGAAUGACCGCAACAAGCAUGUGGUGGGUUAGGGCUGUGCAAGAAUACUUCAGUGUUUUACUCUCUAGCAAAUUCGCAGACCGAACACUAAAGGUUCCUGCUCCAGCUACUUUGAAUCCGUUGGAAUCUUCGAUAGAUCACGGGCCGUAUCUAAAUGUCACGGAAGAGGGGAUGGUGAUGGCCGCAGCUGAAAUCCAGACAACAACUCAAGCAGAUGCUUCGAAUGGAAAGGAAGAGACCGAGACAGCUCUUGCAGAAGUAGGAGAAACUCGUUUGGAGCACGAAAAGACUGACGCAGCGAGAGAGAAGACAGACCCGCAUAAGAACAGUUCUCAGCUCUCGGAUCAAGCUCUUAACGACUUGCUCGCCCCCUUGAAAAAACGAGUGGAUCAGCUCUCGAGAGGCAGUCGGAAAUCGAUCUGGCUAUUAGCUUACAUCGCCAUAGUCACGACGUGGCCGCUCCUCGGUCCUGCGCUGCUUUUGUCGAUCAAGAAACGGUUCAGAAACCUCGUACCCAUGGCCUAUCUGAAGAAGUAGAAACAUUGUUGGGUAAACAUCCUUAGAGUUGUCUUGUGCCAUUGAUACAUGUAUUCAUUUGUAAACUAUCAGAUGAAUAAUGUCGCAAAAACUCAAAUAAUACACUAACCUCUAUAUGAAAUUGAACAAGUAAUGCGAAUUUGUGCAUUCUUUAGA